CUUCCUGUGGGGCCUCCUCUGAACCCCGUGAUGUCUAGUUCCUGAGAUAGAGGAGCCUUGAGAAGCCGUCCUUGUCUGGGGAGCCGGCACCACAGCCUCAGACAUGCCGCUCCUGCUGCUGCUGCCCGGCCUGCUGUGGGGGAGCCUGGGGGCCCAGGGCCAGAAGGGGAACAUCCCUGAUUACGGGCUCCACGUGCAGGAGUCAGUGACGGUGCAGGAGGGGCUGUGUGUGCAGGUGCCCUGCACCUUCUCCUACUCCCGGGAUGGCUGGGCCGACUCCACCCCGGCUCACGGCUACUGGUUCCGGGAAGGGACUAAUGCACUCAGAGACGCUCCAGUGGCCACAAACAACCCACAGCGCAGAGUGCUGAAGGAGACCCAGGGCCGCUUCCUCCUCCUCGGGGACCCCAAGGACUACAACUGCUCCCUGUUCAUCAGAGACGCCAGGAAGGAGGACCAGGGGAAAUACUUUUACAGGGUGGAGAGAGGAGGGUUAAAGUACAGUUACAUUUUUAAUUUUCUCUCAGUGAAUGUGUCAGCCCUCACCCACACACCCCUCAUCCUCAUCCCAGGGACCCUGAAGUCAGGUCACCCAGUGAACCUGAACUGCUCUGUGCCCUGGGCCUGUGAGACAGUGAAGCCCCUCACCUUCUCCUGGAUUGGGGGUACCAUCACCUCCCAGGGCCCCAGGAAUGCCCUCUCCUCUGUGCUCACCCUCACCCCACGGCCCCAGGACCACGGCUCCAGCCUCACCUGUCGCGUGACCUUCCCUGGAGUCAAUGUGAACACAGAGAAGACAGUCCAGCUCAGCGUGACCUACCCUCCACAGAAUGUGAGCAUCACAGCCUUCAUGGAAAAUGGCACAGAAUAUACAGUCCAGGCAAAUGGCACAAUGCUGCGUGUCUGGCAGGGCCAGACCCUACGCCUGGUCUGUAAGUCUGACAGCAACCCGCCCGCUAACCUGAGCUGGGCUCAGGAGAGCGGGAUCCGGAGGCCCUACCAACAUGGAAGUUCUGGAGUCCUAGUGCUGCCUCAAGUGGAUGUCAGGGACGAGGGGGUUCUCACCUGCAGGGCUCAGAACCUUCUGGGCUCCCAGCACAUCUCCCUGAGCCUCUGGCUGAGGAUGCGGGAUCCAGGCGGUGGACCGGCUUCCUCAGGAAUGGUGUCUGGGGCCCUGGUGGGCGCUGGAGUCACGGCAGUGCUCUUCCUGCUCCUUGGCAUCGUCGGUAUCCUACUGAGGUCCCGCAGGAAGGAGAUGCGGCCAGCAGAGGGCCCUUGGGACACUGGCGAGGAGGCUGGGCCAGGCCUGAAGGUAUUGCUGAGAGGACCAGCUUUGCAGCAGCUCUGAUGGCUCCAUGGCUUCACACUGAAGGAAACCAUGAAGUCUGAAGUUCAUAUUCUAGUGGAGAAAUGAAUUUUAUUUUUUAUUUUAAAAAAAGACUCACUUACCACAGGGGAGACCAGAGCACCACUCAGCUCUGGCAUAAGGUGAUAUCAGUAGUUGAACCUGCAACCUUUUAGGGCCUCAGGUAUGUAAGGUCUGCGUACUAUCAAGCUGAGCUGGUUCCCUGGCCCCCUAAAACGGGAGGCCCUUUGGAGCUCAGAGCUCUGAGCACAAUGCCCACAGCCUGCACCCCCUGGACCAGCUCUGAUUGGCAGAUGCAACAGCCAAUGGACAACUUCCCCCAAGAUAUCACACUACGGGGCUUCCAGGAGCCUCCCCCUCCCAACCUGGGCCCCUGGGUGGCUCCCCCUCUGGACUGUCCGCCACAGCCAGACCCACAGCCCUUCCCUUCCUUGCCCUUCUCACCUUGUAGAUUCAGGUUGUGUCUUACAGGUCUGAGGUGGGCACUUGUAGAACUGGGUUUCUCCUACGUGGGGGGUAGGGGGGGUCAGGAGAGAAGUCACACCUUAGGCUUUGAGAAGGUAUAAAGUACAGGGGCAGAUGAAGUGAUUUUGAUGAAAGAGACAGAGGCCAGAGCAUGGCUCAGCUCUGGCAUAUGGUGAUGCCAGAGUCUGACCCUCAGGCAAGCACAUCUCCCCAACUCUGUGCUAGAUCACUUAAUAGAAAUGACCUUGGACGGGGGAGAUAGUGCGAUGGUUUUGCAAAAAGACUCUUAUGCCCAAGGCUCCAAAAUCUUAGGUUCAGACCCCUGCACACCCAUAAGCCAGAACUGAGCAGUGUUCCAGUGAGGGGGGGGGGUUUUCUCAAGUCCACAGAAUGAUGCUUGAGAUGCUUGAGGCUUGUUUUGGGGAGGGAAGAAAUGGGAGUCAGAGAAGUGGCUUGCUCCUGUGCAAAGCCACACAGCUGAGGGGAAGGCAGAUACCUGGCAGAGCACAGCUGUGUCAGCUUGAAGGCCAGGAGUCCACAGAGGGAGACACCACCCAGGAAUGUCAGCACGAUCAGGACCCCCGAGAAGUAUCCUGACAGGUGGAAGCUGCUGUCAGCCUGAAGGCUGCUGAACCCUGGAAGCAGAGGGAAACACGGGGUGAGAAACUCCACUCGCUCCCUGCCCUCCCCUCGGUCCUCCAGUGGUGGACAGAGCACUGUCCACAGAUCCUGUGAGUGAGAAAUGACCAAGAAACUCUCUCUGGGAAGUGGAGAGUUGUGAUGAAUCACAGAUGUGUCUGAUGCCGUUGCAGGAACAGGGGGCUCUGGAGGAGGACAAGUCCAGGCCAGGGGACAGAUAGCGAAUGGUUGGGCACCCAGGACCACUGCACAGAUUCCCACAGAGCUCGAGCUGCGAGCCAGGCAGUGCAUGAGGCCUGGGGACGAGUGAAGAGCAUGGAGCUAUCCAGGCCUCUGUCCUCCAGAAGCCGGGACUGGAGGGAGGCUGGUCACUAGGUCCUGGAAUCCCUGCUUUUAUUUCCUUCCUUCCUUCCUUCCUUCCUCCCUCCCUUCCUUUUCU